GCAGGUCGCCAAGUCAGAGGGCAUGACUCUGGCUAGCAAGUUUGGUUGCCUGUUCUAUGAGGUCUCGGCCUGUCUGGAUUUUGAGGCUGUGCAACAUGUGUUCCAUGAAGCCAUCCGGGAAGUCCGGAGGGAGCAGGAGAAGAAUACACCUAGCCGACCCCUCUACAUCUCUGAGGAAAGGUCCAUUUUCCAUCAGGCCCCCCUCACUGCCAAGCAUGGCUUGCCUAGCUGCACCUUCAAUACUCUCUCCACUGUCAACUACAAGGAGAUGCCUACUGUGGCUCAGGCCAAGCUGGUGACUGUCAAGUCAUCCCGGGCCCAGAGCAAGCGCAAGGCUCCCACCUUGACCCUACUAAAAGGCUUCAAGAUCUUCUGAAACACCUGCCCUCCCCACCCACUCACACCUCCUGGAGCAACUGUGUGAAAGGCAGAAUGGGGCUUUAUGAGUGGGAGUAGUCCUGGGGACAGCUACUAGAACUGUGCCCAUCACUUCGGCCUACCAAGAUAAGGGGCUGAACCCUUUCAGGCAUAUUCUCCCCAUAAGGGACUGGUUCCCACUCUGAUUCCCACCCCCUUCCAAUUCACUUCUGGAAUUAGAGUUCCAGGGUUGUUGGCACUAAGUUAGUUGUGCUUGCCUGGGGCAGCUCUUCACAAAAGAGUUGGUCAGAGUCCCUUGUGCCAGAAGGCAAAAGUGUGUGUGUGU